CAGAACCUGGAGAGAAUAUAACCACCACAGAACCUGCACUGAAGAGAACCACCACAGAACCUGGACUAAAGAGAACCACCACAGAUCCUGGACUAAAGAGAACCACCACAGAACCUGGACUGAAGAGAACCAUCACAGAACCGGCACUGAAGAGAACCAUCACAGAACCUGCACUGAAGAGAACCAUCACAACACAUGGACUAAAGAGAACCACCACAGAACCUGGACUAAAGAGAACCACCACAGAACCUGCACUGAAGAGAACCACCACAGAACCUGGACUAAAGAGAACCACCACAGAACCUGCACUAAAGAGAACCAUCACAGAACCUGCACUGAAGAGAACCAUCACAACACAUGGACUGAAGAGAACCAUCACAGAACCUGGAGGGAAGAGAACCAUCACAACACAUGGACUGAAGAGAACCACCACAGAACCUGGACUAAAGAGCUAUGGCACCAAACCAAAGCUCGUCCUUACACUCUAUUCUCUUGCUAAUAUAUUGUUAGAAUAUAAUGAAGGUUCACCCAAGUUACAAAAUGACACAUUGAUUUCCCUUCCCUUUUAGCAGUCUAUGAACAUGGUGACAUCAGUCCCUGCUUUGGUUUAGUUUCCCCUGACACUGUUUCCACCUGCUAAUGCUAAAGCAUUCGUGGCACAAAUCCCAUUCGUCAUGUGACUGAUAAGAGGCAUUUCUCGCAUCAUUUCGAAAUCAAUCAAAAGUUUUAAAAAAUGCGUUGUGAAGGUCAACAAAGUCACUUCUAGAUGAUUUGAACAUGAGAGAAAUCUUAAUAUCAGUCCCGUGACUUGAAUGGGAUUUUUGUAAAUGUGGGAGUGUUCGACAUAGUAGCUGACUUUAUAGGCAAGUCGAGAUCUACAAAUCACCUUGCAUGAUGAAUAACUACUCAAUAUUAUUUAUAGAUCAUUCAGUCAGUCACAAUUUACCCAUGAUACAUCAGUUUUGAUGUUCUCGAACACUGUCUGAGUGACUGCUGAAGGAAGCCUUCUCUGCAUAAGCUUCUUGGUCCCUGACAUAGAGUUGGAUAGAAGGUACAUCUUGACAUCUUUGUCAUGAUGUCUUCUGGAGCAGAAUGAGCAGCACCAUUGAGGGCUAUUUCCAUAUUAAAGUAGUUAAUAUCUUCAACUUCCAUAAGUUUAAUAACAGUCGGUAUACCAACUGAAAUGGUGUAUUCAAUGGCUUUAGUCAUGCUAAAAUGGGCUUUGAAGCAAGUACGCCCUCUAUUCAACUCUAUUGUCCCUGACUGCUUCAAUGUUGUGUCAACCAGACUUCAAACCUCACACUCAGUGUCUAUUUAUAUAGACUUCCAGUAAGUUAACUUGCAACACAUCUCCCCUUCACUCUGUAAGUAUGCUUGAUGAUAUCUUAAAUAUGUUUAUUUUAUCAUUUGUUUGUUUCCAUGAACUUCUGUAUCCUGUUGUGCGCAUGGCGAUGCUAUUGUAAUGUAUGUUUUGUUUUUCUGUUAUUUACAGUAUACUCUGUAGAUGUAUUUCUGCAUAUUUAAUCUGAUACAGUAUUGUACAUGUGGUUACGCAUAUAAUACUUUAGCAUGGUAUUUUAAGGACUCUGAAAGCAAUAGAUUGUUGUGGAGACUUGUUUGAAAAUGACCUAAAGUAAGACUGAAAGUAACAGUGAUUAGGUGGAUGCUUCGUAAGAGCUUUAGGAGUAGUAUUAACAUGAGACACAGAGAUGGUGGGUUGUGUUUAGGAGUAGUAUUAACAUGAGACACAGUGAUGGAGGGUUGUGUUUAGGAGUAGUAUUAACAUGAGACACAGUGAUGGUGGGUUGUGUUUAGGAGUAGUAUUAACAUGAGACAGUGAUGGUGGGUUGUGUUUAGGAGUAGUAUUAACAUGAGACACAGUGAUGGUGGGUUGUGUUUAGGAGUAGUAUUAACAUGAGACACAGUGAUGGUGGGUUGUGUUUAGGAGUAGUAUUAACAUGAGACACAGUGAUGGUGGGUUGUGUUUAGUAGUAGUAUUAACAUGAGACACAGUGAUGGUGGGUUGUGUUUAGGAGUAGUAUAAACCUAAGACACAGUGACGGUGGGUUGUGUUUAGGAGUAGUAUAAACCUAAGACACAGUGAUGGAGGGUUGUGUUUAGGAGUAGUAUAAACAUGAGACAGUGAUGGUGGGUUGUGUUUAGGAGUAGUAUUAACAUGAGACACAGUGAUGGAGGGUUGUGUUUAGGAGUAGUAUUAACAUGAGACACAGUGACGGUGGGUUGUGUUUAGGAGUAGUAUAAACCUAAGACACAGUGAUGGAGGGUUGUGUUUAGGAGUAGUAUAAACAUGAGACAGUGAUGGUGGGUUGUGUUUAGGAGUAGUAUUAACAUGAGACACAGUGAUGGAGGUUUGUGUUUAGGAGUAGUAUUAACAUGAGACACAGUGAUGGUGGGUUGUGGUUUUGUUGGUUUAAAUGCACACACUCAGUAUCACUUCCCUGUUCUCCUUUCCUGUCUGUCCUCUGACAGACCUCCUGAGUCAUAUCAGAAAUCUGUAUAUACACAUUAGACUUUACAGAACAUGUUCCUCUGUAGCUCAGUUGGUAGAACAUGGCACCUGCAACGUUAUGGGUUUGGUUCCCAGGACCACCCAUUGGUGCUCUAGUCUAGAUCACUGAACCUUCAGUACCACUUUGAUGCAGCUGAUGAGGAGUGAUGGUCAUGGGUGUGUAAAUGGAAUGGGUUCUAAUUGAAUAACAUCAUGGAACUUUGACCUGUAUAUACAGAACUCAGAAGGGCAAGGUUUUCACUCACUACUAGACAGUUGACUCACUGUACAAGACCUCUCCUCUUCACUUCACUCUACUGCAGGGUGGGAGAUGCAACAAUGGCCUUGAGAACAGCAGGAAGUGUGUUGGUGGUCUUUCUCUGGUCUGUGACAGUUGUACUGGGGCAGACUGGCUGGAGUGUGACUUACACCACUCAGAGUAUCUGUGCCUUGAAGGGGUCAACAGUGGAGCUGACCUGCUCUUACACAUAUCCCAGAGGUCAUAAAGUCACAUCAACCUUCUGGUUCACUAAAAUGGAGACUGGUAUAGAACCUGAAGAUAUAGGUCAGAAUGCAGGUCGUCUGGAGUAUCAUGGGGAUAAGAAGAAACACUGUAACCUGAGAAUCACAGACCUGAGAGAGAGUGACUCAGCUACGUACAAGUUCAGAUUUAUAACAGAUCAGACAAGAGGGAAAUAUUAUGGCGAACCUGGAGUCACUCUGUCUGUCACAGGUCUUCAGGUGAAGGUGACUGGUGGACAUCAGGAUAAGACACUGACCUGUAUCACCACCUGUACUCUGACUGACAACCCCACCUACAUCUGGUACAAGAACGGACACAAAGUAAAGGAGGACACUUCCAGCCUGGACUCAGACUCCUUUAGUGAUGCAGACAGUUACUCCUGUGCUGUAAAAGGCCAUGAGGGUCUCCACUCUCCUGCAGUGUAUGGACCAAGGAACACCUCAGUGUCAGUCAGUCCCUCUGGUGACAUAGUGGAGGGCAGUUCAGUGACUCUGACCUGCAGCAGUGAUGCCAACCCUCCUGUCCAGAGUUACACCUGGUUGUACAGGAAGAAUGGAGGUCACUAUCAGAGUAUCUCCAAUCAGAACACAGUACCACAUCAUGUCUUCAAUCAAAUCAAGUCAUCUGACACUGGAGAGUACGACUGUGAGGCCUGGAAUGGGAUGAAGACAGGGAGGGCUGAGACUAUCAACAUCGAUGUGAAAUUUGAAUGGCUCAAGGAACACCUCAGUGUCAGUCAGUCCCUCUGGUGAAAUAGUGGAGGGCAGUUCAGUGACUCUGACCUGCAGCAGUGAUGCCAACCCACCUGUGGACAAAUACACCUGGUACAAGAAGAACGUAGCCUCACCAAAAGCAUCAGGACAGAGUUACAGCAUCACUAACAUCAUCUCUGAGGACAGAGGAGAAUAUUACUGUGAGGCAGAGAAUACAAUAGCAUCUAAUAACUCUACAGCUCUGAUGAUUAGUGUAGCAGGGAAACAAACUUCAGUUCUGACUGCAGCUGUAGGAAUCAUAGUGGUUGUUCUGGUUCUCAUCCUCUGUCUCUCUGGACUCAUGUGGUUCAGGAAGAAGGCCUCCAAAUCCACCUCUGACACAAGAGACAAAGCAGACGUUGGACAGCGAGACUCUAGUCCAGUGUAUGACAACGUCUCAAACAUGGCCAUGAGCCCUCCAGACAACCCCACAGACAACCAGGAUGACAUUCACUACGCCAGCGUCCACUUCUCUCACUCCAAAAACCAGGAAGUGCCUCUGUACUCCACCAUCCAGCUGCUUCAACCCCAGAAAGAGGAAGAAGAUGUCCAGUACUCUGCUCUGAAGAUCAACAGCUCCACUGCUGACACCUGACCGGCAGCAACACAAGCAUCUGAGGAGAACCCAUCUGUUCUCUACAGCACAGUCAACAAACCCAGAACCAUGAAGACCGGAACAUUACAGAACCAAGAAAACCUGAACAGAACUAACCCCGAACCAAAAAGACCUGAACAGAACAAACCCAGAACCAAGAAGACCUGAACACAACCAAACCAGAACCAAGAAGACCUGAACAUUACAAACACAGAACCAAGAAGACCCGAACAUUACAAACCCAGAACCAAGAAAACCUGAACAGAACUAACCCGGAACCAAGAAGACCUGAACAGAACUAACCUAGAACCAAGAAGACCUGAACAGAACUAACCCAGAACCAAGAAAACCUGAACAGAACUAACCCGGAACCAAGAAGACCUGAACAGAACUAACCUAGAACCAAGAAGACCUGAACAGAACUAACCCAGCACCAAGAAAACCUGAACAGAACUAACCCAGAACCAAGAAAACCUGAACAGAACUAACCUAGAACCAAGAAGACCUGAACAGAACUAACCCAGAACCAAGAAAACCUGAACAGAACUAACCCAGAACCAAGAAAACCUGAACACAACAAGUUUAACAAAAACCUUGUAUAUCUGGACCUGUAUAUAAUAACUAAGUGGUAUAAUAAGCAAUAAGGUCAGAGGGGGUGUGGUAUAUUGGCCUAUAUACUGUACCACGGCUAAGGACUGUUCUUAAGCACGACACAACGCAGAGUUCCUGGAUACAGCCCUUAGCUGUGGUAUAUUGGCCUAUAUACUGUACCACGGCUAAGGACUGUUCUUGAGCACGACACAACGCAGAGUUCCUGUAUACAGCCCUUAGCUGUGGUAUAUUGGCCUAUAUACUGUACCAUGGCUAAGGACUGUUCUUAAGCACGACACAACGCAGAGUUCCUGGAUACAGCCCUUAGCUGUGGUAUAUUGGCCUAUAUACUGUACCACGGCUAAGGACUGUUCUUAAGCACGACACAACGCAGAGUUCCUGGAUACAGCCGUUAGCUGUGGUAUAUUGGCCUAUAUACUGUACCACGGCUAAGGACUGUUCUUAAGCACGACACAACGCAGAGUUCCUGGAUACAGCCGUUAGCUGUGGUAUAUUGGCCUAUAUACUGUACCACGGCUAAGGACUGUUCUUAAGCACGACACAACGCAGAGUUCCUGGAUACAGCCCUUAGCUGUGGUAUAUUGGCCUAUAUACUGUACCACAGCUAAGGACUGUUCUUAAGCACGACACAACGCAGAGUUCCUGGAUACAGCCCAAAGCUGUGGUAUAUUGGCCUAUAUACUGUACCACGGCUAAGGACUGUUCUUAAGCACGACACAACGCAGAGUUCCUGGAUACAGCCCUUUGCCGUGGUGUAUUGGCCUAUAUACUGUACCACGGCUAAGGACUGUUCUUAAGCACGACACAACGCAGAGUUCCUGGAUACAGCCCUUAGCUGUGGUAUAUUGGCCUAUAUACUGUACCACGGCUAAGGACUGUUCUUAAGCACGACACAACACAGAGUUCCUGGAUACAGCCCUUAGCUGUGGUAUAUUGGCCUAUAUACUGUACCACGGCUAAGGACUGUUCUUAAGCACGACACAACGCAGAGUGCCUUGAUACAGCCGUUAGCCGUGGUAUAUUGGCCUAUAUACUGUACCACGGCUAAGGACUGUUCUUAAGCACGACACAACGCAGAGUGCCUUGAUACAGCCGUUAGCUGUGGUAUAUUGGCCUAUAUACUGUACCACGGCUAAGGACUGUUCUUAAGCACGACACAACGCAGAGUUCCUGGAUACAGCCCUUAGCCGUGGUAUAUUGGCCUAUAUACUGUACCACGGCUAAUGACUGUUCUUAAGCACGACAGAACGCAGAGUUCCUGGAUACAGCCCUUAGCUGUGGUAUAUUGGCCUAUAUACUGUACCACGGCUAAGGACUGUUCUUAAGCACGACACAACGCAGAGUUCCUGGAUACAGCCGUUAGCUGUGGUAUAUUGGCCUAUAUACUGUACCACGGCUAAGGACUGUUCUUAAGCACGACACAACGCAGAGUUCCUGGAUACAGCCCUUAGCUGUGGUAUAUUGGCCUAUAUACUGUACCACAGCUAAGGACUGUUCUUAAGCACGACACAACGCAGAGUUCCUGGAUACAGCCCUUAGCUGUGGUAUAUUGGCCUAUAUACUGUACCACGGCUAAGGACUGUUCUUAAGCACGACACAACACAGAGUUCCUGGAUACAGCCCUUAGCUGUGGUAUAUUGGCCUAUAUACUGUACCACGGCUAAGGACUGUUCUUAAGCACGACACAACGCAGAGUUCCUGGAUACAGCCCAAAGCUGUGGUAUAUUGGCCUAUAUACUGUACCACGGCUAAGGACUGUUCUUAAGCACGACACAACGCAGAGUUCCUGGAUACAGCCCUUUGCCGUGGUGUAUUGGCCUAUAUACUGUACCACGGCUAAGGACUGUUCUUAAGCACGACACAACGCAGAGUUCCUGGAUACAGCCCUUAGCUGUGGUAUAUUGGCCUAUAUACUGUACCACGGCUAAGGACUGUUCUUAAGCACGACACAACACAGAGUUCCUGGAUACAGCCCUUAGCUGUGGUAUAUUGGCCUAUAUACUGUACCACGGCUAAGGACUGUUCUUAAGCACGACACAACGCAGAGUGCCUUGAUACAGCCGUUAGCCGUGGUAUAUUGGCCUAUAUACUGUACCACGGCUAAGGACUGUUCUUAAGCACGACACAACGCAGAGUGCCUUGAUACAGCCGUUAGCUGUGGUAUAUUGGCCUAUAUACUGUACCACGGCUAAGGACUGUUCUUAAGCACGACACAACGCAGAGUUCCUGGAUACAGCCCUUAGCCGUGGUAUAUUGGCCUAUAUACUGUACCACGGCUAAUGACUGUUCUUAAGCACGACAGAACGCAGAGUUCCUGGAUACAGCCCUUAGCUGUGGUAUAUUGGCCUAUAUACUGUACCACGGCUAAGGACUGUUCUUAAGCACGACACAACGCAGAGUUCCUGGAUACAGCCGUUAGCAGUGGUAUAUUGGCCUAUAUACUGUACAACGGCUAAGGACUGUUCUUAAGCACGACACAACGCAGAGUUCCUGGAUACAGCCGUUAGCAGUGGUAUAUUGGCCUAUAUACUGUACCACGGCUAAGGACUGUUCUUAAGCACGACACAACGCAGAGUUCCUGUAUACAGCCGUUAGCUGUGGUAUAUUGGCCUAUAUACUGUACCACGGCUAAGGACUGUUCUUAAGCACGACACAACGCAGAGUUCCUGGAUACAGCCGUUAGCAGUAGUAUAUUGGCCAUAAACCACAAACCCCUGAGAUGCCUUAUUGCUAUUAUAAACUGGCUACCAACAUCAAUAGAAAAGUAAAAAAGUAUUUUUGCGUCAUACCCGUGCUUUAUUGUCUGAUAUACCAACACAAUCUCACACUCCAUUUGUGCAAAUAUGAACAAAAACUAUUUCAGCAGAUUUCAUGUUUUUUUGCGUUUUUGUGUGGAUUAAUUCAUGGGAAAAGACACUCCUUUUUUAGCGAUUUAAUUUUUUGCAAAAUACACACAUUUUGUGCGACUUCAUUCAUAGGAAAAUACAUUUUUUGGCGGCAAACUUUUCAAAAUGAUCAGAGCAAUGGUCACGACUUCUAAAGAAGGUAACUCCUCUCCCCAACGAUCCAUUUUUCCUUUUCUGUUUGUUUUGUCUUUGGUUCUUUUUCACACCUGGUUUCAUUUACAUUAAUUUCUGUGUGUAUAAGGGUAACCUGUUGCCUGCCUAAGUUUGUGCGGGAUUAGUCUUUUUAUUUGAUGUGCUCAGUGUUAUUUGUUUUCACGGUUACGUAAGUGUAUAUAGUGUCAGAACUGUGUUUGUUCCUCCAUGCGUUUGCACGGGUUCUCUGUUACGAGGGCGUUGUCCUUUUCGAUUGUGCCAUUCCAGUGUUGGUGGACGGUCUUAUUAAAGCAUGCUUCUCAGGCA